CACAGGAGCAGGGGGAAUAGAGAGAGCGCCAUUCGGUAAACCCCAACUUCCUGCAAGAUGUGGAAAGCUGCUGCUGGUCGGACUAUUUCUGUAACAGCAUCAGAUGAUGGUGAUGAUUGGGACACAGACCCUGACUUUGUGAAUGAUUUAUCUGAAAAAGAACAGCGAUGGGGAGCCAAGUCAGUUCAAGGAUCAGGACACCAGGCCCAUAUAAACCUGCAUGAGUUGAGGGAAAAUGUUUCUCAGGAGCAUAAAUCUCUAAAACAAAAAGAAUUAGCUGAUGGGCCAAAGGCAUCCCAUGGAUAUGGAGGGAAGUUUGGAGUCCAGGAUGAUCGAAUGGAUAAGUCUGCUGUUGGACAUGAAUAUGUUGCUAAACUCUCCAAACACUGCUCUCAAACAGACUCUGUAAAGGGAUUUGGUGGAAAGUUUGGUGUGCAGAAGGAUAGGGUCGAUAAGUCUGCUGUGGGGUUUGAAUAUGAAGGGAAGACUGCCAAGCAUGCAUCUCAGAAAGAUUACAGUACUGGUUUUGGGGGGAAGUAUGGAGUGCAAGCAGACCGAGUGGACAAGAGUGCCCUAGGGUUCGAUUACCAAAGCAAAACCGAGGUUCACCAGUCCCAGAGAGAUUAUUCCAAAGGAUUUGGCGGAAAAUACGGAGUGGAGAAGGAUAAAGUAGACAAGAGUGCUGUUGGCUUUGAAUACCAAGGAAAGACUGAAAAGCAUGAGUCACAGAAAGACUACGUCAAAGGUUUUGGUGGAAAAUUUGGUGUCCAGACCGAUCGACAGGACAAGAAUGCCUUGGGCUGGGAUCACCAGGAGACAACACAACUUCAUGAGUCACAGAAAGACUAUAAGAGAGGUUUCGGUGGUAAAUAUGGUGUUGAGACAGAAAACCAGGACAAAUCUGCCGUGGGUUUCGAUUACAAGGAAAAGCUGGCCAAGCACGAAUCUCAACAAGAUUAUUCAAAGGGAUUUGGUGGCAAAUAUGGUGUUCAAAAAGACCGAAUGGAUAAGGUUAGUGACCGUGAUGAACUGUUUUCUCUGUAA